AUGCUCCGCUGCUUCCCGCCCUCGCGCAUGAAGCGCUCUCGAACAGCUGCAGAUGCCAGAGACAAGGCAGAGAAAGAAGAGAGGGAAGAGAAAGAAGAGAAUGAAGAGAUAGAAGAGAUGGAAGAGAAAGAGACGAUCACCUUCAACCCGAUGGAUGACCCUGCCGUGGAGGAGCCUCCGCCCCUGUCCGCCUUCGCCUGGCCUCCAGGAUGCUACUUGCGAAUCGAGUACAGCGCAAACCGAGCAGAUGACGCAGACGAAACCGGUCGGCGCAUUCUUACGGCUCUGAAGGCUGCCGGUUCGCGGUAUUUGUUUUCUCUGCCGGCGCGCCUGCCUCUCGUCCGGCGGCGUUUCUCCGUUCCCAAGUCGCCCCACAAACACCGGAAAGCUGUCGAGCAAUUCGAGAUCUGUGAACGAAGAAGAAUCAUCGAUGUCCACAGAAAAGACUUCCUCGCAGAAGCGGAACGGCGAGGCGAACGCGGUCCCACCAGGUGGGGGAAAAUGCCGUGGCCAAGCAGAGAAGAACUGGAAGAACAAGAGGGAGAAGAAGAACAAGAGGGAGAAGAACACGAGGAAGGAGGUGGAGGUAAAGAAAGAGAAGCAGAAAGAGAAGAACGAGCAGGAGAGGGAGAGGCGGAAGGACGAGGAGGGAGAAAGGCGAAAGAAGGAAAGUUGAAGGGAGUGCGGAGCAAGGACGCGGCGGAGGCGGCAAUGACAGGUCUUUUGACGAUCGAUUUGCCUGACUUGGUUCGCUACGACCUCCGCUACGAACCGUAUCGCAGGCCGUUGAAAGCGAAGGCCAUUUACGCCAGGAUGCAGUACCGCGAGCGAUGGACUUCCAAGUACUUUGAAUACUUGCAAGACAUGGAGAAGAAAGAAAAGUUGAUCGCUGAGCUUUUGGCUCCAAAGUAUGACGUCGAUCGCCUGGUCGUGUGGCCGCGGUCUUUCCACGACUUGCGGAGAUUCACGGUUGCGGAAAUUGAGAAAAUGCUGAGGAAAGCGGAGAAUCACUACAGAGAGAGGCUGAGCCGUCGGAGAAGAGGCCUGCCUCCGUAUCGGCCGCGAAUCAAGUUUUUCGGAGAUUUCUCGAUGGAUCCGGAAGACCUCAAAAACAUGCCUGGAGGCGACCCUUACGCUCCCUACGUACCAGAGCCUCGACCACCGGAUGCGCCGCCUCGGGUGAAGCGAGUGAAGAGGGAGAGGAAGAAGAAGAAGAAGAAGAAGGAAGGCGGGAAGAAGAAGAGGCCAGCCGUGAAAAAGAAGUGA